UGCAGAGGACGCUGGCGAUUGCAUUGGAAGAGGAAGAGGACACGACGCUCGAUCCGGUUCCCAGCCCGAUGCAAGAUGGGCUCGAGCCCAAUAAAAAUGGGCUCGAUCUCUGCCCCCGCAAUAGGACUACAACCUUUCGCUUGCUUUUUCCCCCCUUCGGCUUUCGAUUCGUCGUCUGUUUCGUGCGGCUUGAUUCUUGAGAAGCGAACUGAUUUGCAGGUAAAUUUAGGACAAACGUUUCCACCUUCCUUGAGAUUUCGUGAUUUUUCUUCCUUUUCGCCGCUCUUGGAAUCUGGAAUCAGGGUUAGGGUUUAUCGUUCUGGGUUCCUUUGGACCUCCCUCUACGGCUUCGGAUGACACCCGAUUCCUAGGGUCGUCCUCUGCGAUUUCAUGUGGUAACUGUGCUACUUUCGAGACCCAUCUCGACGAAGUAAAAUAGCUUUUCUUGUUUGAUCUUUCGAUGUUAUUUUCUUGGAUCUGUGCUUUCGAGCUCUUCGGUGAUUGCGCUGCCAACUUGGUAUCAAUCAUGGCAGAGUGAAUGAAGGUAGUACUCUCAGAAGCAAGGAGACCGUCAAAGGGAAGGGUACUCAUGAGUCAUAGCUUCUUUUGUGCCAGCCAGUCUAUGGCUCCAGAAAAAGGAUCUGACCAUGAGAUCUCUGGUUGAAGUUGGUCGAGCAAUAAAAUCUCAGUAAAUGAUCAUCUCCUGAUGCAGUGUUGAUAUUUGACUUGGAAGAAAGCAGAUGACUGAAGUAGUCGAUGACACUGAUGCCGGAAAGAGAAGACGUUUGCCCAUUUGGAUGGCGAGGGCAAGCUACUCCGGUGAGAAAAGGAAUUAUGGGGCAGGAGAUGGAUUGCAAGAUGCUGGUUCCGAGCCAAGGUCCACCGCCAGAACGCAGAAAAGAAAGCCAGCUCAGCCUGUCGACCAUUUGGAUGAGUUUGAAGCGACUCGAAGGACCAUUGCUAGACAAAGAAAGAGAAAAGCAAGUAGAAGAAAUGUCGGCCAGGACAGUUCCUUGAGUAGCAACGGAAUAGGCGAGACAAAAACUACAACAGAAGAAGAAACUGAGCAAGGCGAAACAACAGUCGAUAAUGCGGCUAAUUCCGUAAAGAUCGAAAGCAGGAAGUCUAAAAAAAGGUCCAAAACCAGUGUGGUUCCUUGCUCUCCAGCGAGUAGCGAGAGCGAAAUCGAGCUCACGGUUGAAGACCUGGUGCGGAUUGCGGAAGAGUAUGUAAAUGCUGACCGGCAGAAGCAACACGGAAGAUCGACUGCAAAGGAACCCAGAUCAGAAAUGGAUCCUCCAUGCUCUUCAGAUUCCUCUGUGGUCAUCGGAGGAGCAGGUCCUGGCCAAACUGCCUGCCCCAGCCUAGCAUUAUCAAGAUGCACAAAGACUUCAGGCCCCAAUUUUCCCGAAGCUACUCCGCGAACAGGAGAUGCUGCUCAAGAUAUGUUGGAUCUCCUUCUGGGUCCUCUCCUCAAGAAACCUACAUCCGAAGAGCAUGAGAACAGAACAGUGGCUACAGAAACUAUGAACUUGACCCAUAAACCUAGUGAGCCAUCCACCACGACCAAGGCAAUCUGGAAAGAAGAGGUGCUGCUGACUAAAAGGAAGAGCAGCUUGAAGGAUAAGGUGGCCAUGUUUCUUGACUAGGUGAACUUCUUUCAUUCAUGGUACCUUGUCAAUACAUUGAUCACGUCAACCAACCUUUCUUUCA